AUGACGGGAGGGAGAGAGGAAGUGGUGCUCACUUCCGAUAUUGAGGAAAUGUUCCACCAGGUUCGGGUGCCACUGGAUGACCAAGAUAUGUUGAGGUUUCUGUGGUGGCCCGAAGGUAACGUCAAUGGUGAGCUUUCUGUGUACCACAUGAAGGUGCAUAUUUUCGGCGCGACAUCGUCGCCGAGUUGCGCGAGCUAUGCGGUUAAUAGGACGGCAGAGGACAACCAGGAUUCUUACCCCGCUGAGGUUAUUCAGACAAUCAAGAGGAAUAUUUAUGUGGAUGACUGUUUAAAAGCGGUACCGAAUGACGAGAAAGCAAUAAGCUUGGCCAAAGAUUUGCGCGCGGUAUGCGACGACGGAGGAUUCAAACUGACUAAGUGGGGAAGUAAUAGUAGACCCGUGCUGCGGACAAUACCGGAGGAGGAUCUAGCGAAGGAUGUGAAGGGAAUCGAUUUAGAGCGGGGUAGUCUGCCUAUAGAACGCGUGUUAGGUGUCGAAUGGCUGAUGGAGUCGGAUACUUUCAGGUUUAGGAUAGUGGUCAAUGAUAAGCCAGCCACCAGACGAGGGCUUCUGUCCAUUGUAAGUUCUAUCUUCGAUCCCCACGGAUUUGUGGCGCCAUUCGUACUCACAGCCAAGGUGCUUCUGCAGGAACUCUGCGACAUGAAGCUCGGCUGGGACGAGGACAUUCCUCCGGGUCAGAAGGCCAGGUGGCUAGUUUGGCUCAAGGAUCUUCCUAAGUUGGUCAAACUUCACGUGCAGUGA